GACUUGCGAGGAUGAAAAUUGGAUUUGCCAUGUAGAAAGUGCCGAAAGACUGAUAAAAGAAAUAAAACCAUCUUUAUUUUUGUUUGAGGAUGUGAAACAAUACGCGGGCAAUAGUAAAGGAUUUGUUAAUUAUCAUUUUCGUAAUGUAGUGAAAGCGGGAGGGGCCGUUGAAUAUGUGUGCCAUAAGUUAGGCAUAAGUAGAUAUGGAAUAGUUAACGCCCAUGAAUGGAGAACCCAAGACAAGGCCAAGCGGGGAGAGAUACCAGGACUUAUCAGAAAGCGGGAAUGA